CCCCCUAGGCGGUAGCGGCGGCAGCAACAGCGGUGGCGACAUGAGCAGCGGGGCGGCGUCCGGGACUGGGCGGGGACGGCCCCGGGGCGGGGGGCCGGGACCCAGGGACCCCCCGCCCGGCGAGACUCACAAGCUGGUGGUCGUGGGCGGCGGCGGCGUGGGCAAGAGCGCACUGACCAUCCAGUUUAUCCAGUCCUACUUUGUGUCUGACUAUGACCCCACCAUUGAGGAUUCCUACACAAAGAUGUGCACGGUGGAUGACGUCCCUGCGCGGCUGGACAUCCUAGACACCGCAGGACAAGAGGAGUUUGGCGCCAUGAGGGAGCAGUACAUGCGAGCUGGCAACGGCUUCCUGCUGGUGUUUGCCAUUAACGACCGGCAGAGUUUCAAUGAGGUAGGCAAGCUCUUCACCCAGAUCCUCAGGGUCAAGGACCGCGACGAUUUCCCCAUUGUGCUGGUUGGGAACAAGGCAGAUCUGGAGACGCAGCGCCAGGUCCUCCGAUCUGAAGCAUCCUCCUUCAGCGCUUCCCACCACAUGCCUUACUUCGAGGCGUCGGCCAAACUGCGCCUGAAUGUGGACGAGGCAUUUCAGCAGCUGGUGCGGACUGUCCGGAAGUACCAGGAGCAAGAACUCCCGCCUAGCCCACCCAGCGCUCCCAGGAAGAAGGAUCGUGGGUGCCCCUGCGUCCUGCUGUAGCCAGGUAGCCCCAAGUGACCAGCACAAGCCCCCACGACCAGCUGCCUUGUACUUGCUGUGUGGCCUGAGGC